AUGGCUGUUCAGUUUAUACUGUGCUUUAACAAGCAAGGAGUAGUGCGGUUGGUGAGGUGGUUCGAUGUGCACAAUUCAGAUUCGCAACAUAGUCAUGACGCCAUUGCGCAGAUAUAUAGGCUCAUCUCCUCCAGGGACCACAAGCACCAGAGUAAUUUCGUAGAGUUCUCCGAUUCGACAAAGCUCAUAUAUAGAAGGUACGCUGGGCUCUAUUUCGUCAUGGGCGUGGACCUGCUUGAUGACGAGCCCAUAUACCUUUGUCACAUCCAUCUGUUCGUGGAAGUUCUGGAUGCAUUUUUCGGCAACGUCUGUGAGCUGGAUAUCGUCUUCAACUUUUAUAAAGCCUACAUGAUUAUGGACGAAAUGUUUAUUGGGGGCGAGAUACAGGAAAUCUCUAAGGACAUGCUGUUGGAAAGGCUAAGUAUUUUAGAUAGGCUUGACUAA